CCUAAUUUUGACUGCACUAGUCAAGCAAAACAGAGUGAUUGCCCUUCGUUAGCGGGAUCUUCUGCUUUGUCUUCUUGGGGGGAUUCGAUUUUUUCCGCCAUUUUUCUUCUGCUGAAGAAAGGAAGGCGGGAAGGAAGUGUGAAGAGGGCGAGCGAAGAAGACGAUUGGGUAGGAAGAAAUUGAUUACUCUGUAUACUGGGUUUUGCUCUGCGAACUUAAGCAGCGAAUUCCUUCCUGGGUUUUGAGUUUCUUGGGGGACUUCCGAAGAAGGACAGAGAUAAAGAAACGAUUUCUGUUUGUGGGUUUUACUUUUUGAAGGGGGAUCAAAGAUAUGAUGGCUGAAAUGGAGAAUCGUUCCACGACUGGGUUCUACGACGUUUUGGCUUCAAGAAAAGCCGAGGAAGCUGUUUGGAGGCGUUACCAAGCCACUGAAUGGCUGGAUAGCGUCGUGGGUCCACUGGGUAUAUCGAACAAACCCUCGGAGAAAGAACUCAUUUCUCGCUUGAGAAAUGGAUUGAUUCUUUGCAAUGCCAUUAACAAAGUUCAUCCUGGAGCAAUAACUAAGGUUGUGGAGAAUAAUGUGCCUAUCCAAUCUAUAACUCGAGAAUCGCAGCCAUUGCCAGCAUAUCAGUACUUCGAGAACGUAAGGAACUUCCUGGUAGCUAUGGAAGAAUUGAAACUCCCAGCCUUUGAAGCUUCCGAUCUAGAAAGGGAUGCAUUGGAAGCAGGAUCAGUUGCUAAGGUGGUUGAUUGUGUAUUAGCCCUAAAGUCUUACCAUGAGCACAAGAAUAUGAAUGGUGGAAAUGGGAGUUUCAAGCCUACAAGAUCACCUAUGGUGGGUCACAACGCGACCAGGAGCAAUCUCCGCGGGCUCCCAUCAGAUUCUUGUCGGCGGUUGGAGAUGGAUUUAGCAGCCGAAGCACAUCCAUCUGGGAAUACUGAAGCUCAGAAACUAGAAGGUGAACUGGUGAAGAUACUUGCCGAGUAUAUGGCUGAUACAAAGGAGAACAUGGGUGGCAAUUUUCUCGCCUCCUUCAAAGCUGGGGAUGUGGAUCCGAUGAAGUUAUUCGGUAGGAUCGUGGCAAGUUGCUUGAAGGAAAACGAACAGAAAAAGUUCCCUGAGGGUCAAACAGUGCUCAGAGACUGCUUGAAAGACAGUAGUAAUUUACCUGUCCAUUUGGAAACAACUCCCUUGGAGGACGUAUCUGAAAACAAAAAUAGUAAGUGUUGUCAAACAUGCUUAAGUAAAGGAGACUGCAAUCACAGGCGUUUACUGCACAUCCAGGAAAGAGAACUCCAGGAUUUGAAGACAUUAUGGGCAACGACAAGAAAAGAGUUUGAAGCCUUGCAAUCCCAAUUGCAGAAUGACCUCACGCAAUGUGGCAUUCAGGUUCAGGAGAUGGCGAGUGCUGCUCAGGGAUAUCAGAGAGUGUUGAAAGAAAACAGAAUAUUAUACAACAUGGUCCAGGAUUUGAAAGGAAAUAUCCGAGUUUACUGUAGAGUAAGGCCUUCGUUCACUUCUGGAUCAAGCAAUGCAGUAGAAUUUGUUGGAGAAGAUGGUUCGUUGGUGAUUGUUGAUCCAUCAAAACCCACAAAGGAUGGAAGGAGGCAUUUUCAGUUCAAUCAGGUGUUUGGUUCUACUGCCACUCAAGAAGAGGUCUUUGAUCAUGUCCAACCACUAAUCAGAUCAGUGAUGGAUGGCUACAAUGUAUGCAUUUUCGCUUAUGGCCAAACUGGCUCUGGGAAAACCUAUACAAUGAGUGGACCAUCAGGUGGAUCAGCGAAGGAUCUUGGAAUAAAUUACCUGGCCCUUAAUGAUCUUUUCCAGAUGUCUGAUAGAAGGAAGGACGUCAUAAAUUAUGUUAUAAGAGUUCAAAUGGUGGAGAUAUACAACGAACAAAUACGCGACCUUCUGGCUGAAGAUUCAUCAACCACCAAGUUAGAGAUUCGGAGUUGUGCUGGGGAUGAUGGUCUAACUCUUCCAGAUGCUAUAAUGCUCCCCGUUACAUCCCCUUCUGAUGUUCUCAGACUGAUGAAACUUGGGGAUUUGAAUCGUGUUGUCAGUUCUACUGCAAUGAAUAACAGAAGCAGUCGUUCUCACAGUGUGCUGACAGUUCAUGUACAUGGUGAAGACGAGUCGGGAGGCAAGCUCAGGGGAUGCUUGCAUUUGGUGGACUUAGCAGGAAGUGAAAGAGUGGACAAGUCAGAAGUCACUGGGGAUAGGCUGAAGGAGGCACAGUACAUCAAUAAGUCACUUUCAUGUCUGGGAGACGUGGUCACAGCACUGGCACAGAAGAAUACUCAUAUUCCUUACAGAAACAGUAAACUCACACUUCUGCUGCAAGAUUCUUUAGGUGGGCAUGCUAAAACACUAAUGUUUGCUCAUGUGAGCCCAGAAGAAGACUCUGUACUAGAGACUGUCAGCACUUUGAAGUUUGCUCAACGAGUGUCAACGGUCGAACUUGGUGCUGCUAAGGCAAAUAAGGAGAGCAGUGAGAUUAUGCAGCUCAAGGAACAGGUUGAGAACCUCAAAAGGGCACUGGCUAAUAAACAGUCACAAGAUCAGCAGUUGAACAGAAUAAAGGAUCCGCGAUCUCCAUUAGGGAAGCCGAUGACUGAUAGAACGCCACCACGCACAAGGAGGCUCAGUAUUGAGAAUGGCAGCAACACGAAGCUGAUGAAGACUGGAAAACAUGAAGUCUCAAAAACACCUGCACUGCCUACUCGUUCGAGAAGGCUAAGCCUGGAAGCUCCAACGUAUUACAAAAGGGAUAAUGAUGACACGAUAAGGAAGCCUUUGAAGUUUGAGCCGGCAAUGGUGACACCACAGAAGUACAACAAUCAGCAACAGGAUGUGGAAGCUAUGAUGUCAUCAACGCCUUUUGGGUAUUCUGCUACUACUACAACUUCCACCAGCAGUUCCACAGUGAAGAUUUAUCAACAUCGCAACCCUUCUAGGAGUCCUACUAGCUCUUCGUUUCAAAGGCAGACGGUGAAGAUAGAUAGCAGGACACAAGUUCCUCAUAUUCAGCUGCCAUUGGCAACAGCAGAACACCAAGUGCUUGCUAGAAAUGAGGUCCAGAUUGUGAUGCAAAGUGAAGUUCCCAUUUCUACUAAGACUACAACUACUACUACGGCCAGUAGUGUUAAUGGGAAAGGAUCCCAGAUCAGGAAGUCGCUUCGGAGCAUUGGGAAGCUGAUUAAUGGAUCUGAAAAGAGGAAUCAACAGAAGGAACCAUCUCCAAUCCCUGAAGAAAUGAAGUCACCAAUUGGAAUUAGCAGUAGUUCAAGGGCUGCCAGGAGGCAAUCACUAACUGGAGUUUACAAGUCCUCUCGCAGGACUUCCCUCGGUGGGAAAUCAGUUGACUCGGACGAUUCCAGGAGGAAUGCAAGGACGCCACCACCUCCAGGCUACGGAUCAGCACAGAACAAAAGAUGGGUUUAGAAGAAAGAAUUAACAAAAGGAAGGAUUAAACAUUUCUUUAACUUCAUUGGAGCUUUGACUCGAAGCCAAGUCAUGGAUAUUGACCCGACUGAGGAUGAACACAUGCUGAGAUGCAGAGAAGGUGACCAGCGAUGACAUCAUCCUGCCAUUACUGUGUAUAUAAUAUAGCAAACAGGCUGUGGUUUUGCAGGGAUAAUCAGCAGCUCUGUUUUGCUCACAUUGUAGCAAUCAAUGUUUUGGGAGAAGAAUCCUAGGUCUCUAUGCAAGAGCUCUCUGCAAAUUGGCAAGGGGGUUAUCUAAUUGGUCGUUGCUAGAUCUGCCAUUAAUGGAUUGUUAACUAAGGUGGUGUCAGUGGGUAGUGGAUAACAAGUCAAGAUGUAGAAUUGAAUAAUGAGGUUGAAGAGAUGGAGAUGGGACCAAGUUCAUGUGGUUUUUGGGUUUUUGUGUUUUAGGGAGUAGAGAAAUGAUGACAUGUUGUGUCUGACAUCUUUCUCAUUGGUUUUAGGAGAUUGAGAUUCAUGCAUCACUUGGAAAUGUUUGUGAUUUUUCCAACACCUCUCAUGUCUCUCUUUGGUCUGGCAAUUUCUUUUCAGCCAAAUUUAUAGUUCAAUCAUCAUCUAUAAUACAGAGCUGGCCCUUCUAAGUUCUAAAUUCCAAUGACCCAAUUUGUUAUAAUACAGAAUAGGAUCUCAUUUUAACUCGAUUUGUCUUUCGCCUCUGUCAACAACCCUUCAUGAUUCCUACGAGGAAUCAAAAUUUGAAGUCAAAAGCGAGGAUUUAAUCAAAGUUUUCCCUCGCUUUUAUUAUUGUCUUCCCCGAAGCCGACAAACUAUAAACCAUGGAUCCGAUCAGCUUAUUAAGCCGUUAUCACCUCUUUUAACUUGGUCUAACAGCUAUUUCUUUGUAACAAUUGUAUGUAGGUUGUUACUUCACAUACUACAGUCACAUAUAGCCUGGAGGGAGGGUAAACAAACUGAGGCUCAAUUCAAUAACUCGAUAUUACAGUGAUGUUGUGACAUCCCAGUACGGGAGAAACUACUUAAGAUUCGACGAAUGGUCAUCUUACACUUUGUGAACCCAUAACUAAACUUUGUCCACAUUCCUUCACGCAAUUUCAACAUGAAAUGUAAAGAUGACACUCAUCAUACAAGUAGUUUACUCAAUCCAACAAAGAGGUUUACUCAUUAGCUUUCUUGAAUUUUAGGUACUACACAAUCAUACAAAAACCAAUAAUACAGAAACCCUAUCAUCUCUCUAGUGGGAAAAGAGCCGUUGGCAUGUGCUGAAUUCUAGCCUGUCAUAUUAAGCAAGCAAAAGCUUACUCACAUGGGAAUGUGGCUGUCCAAUUUAUGAAAAAAUGGAUAAACAAAGAAUUUCUCUCUAUUUUAAUUGGUGGUGGAUUCUUGAGCUAAUAUUCCUCACUUCUCAUUGGUUAACAUCUACAAACAUGUGGGGGCCUCUUUUGUUUAGAAUAUUUGCUCUUAAAGAAAAGAAGAAAAUUAAAGAAGCAGCCUUUUCUCUUCUUGACAUCAGAAUUCUGCAGAAUGCCCAUACUGUGAGAGAGAGAGAGAGCAGCCUAUAGAUCACGGAUGGGAACUCUGACAUUUCAUCAGAAAAAGUGACCCAAACAAUGAUAAAUGAAAAAACUAAUGAGGAAUGUGGUAAUUAGUACCACUAAUUAUGUUCAUAUGUGCAAGUCCUUUCCUUAAUUAGGUGGGUAUCAUCACAAAAACUUACAUUUUACUCCCUUCAAAUCGGUCUUUCCUACGGUAAAGCUGAGAUUAUGCACUCCUUUUCUCCACUUGAAGCUGAAGCUAAGGCUCUGUUAGAGGGUUCUCGCCUCGCUGCUAGUCUGCUUUCCAGGGUCGACUAGCGCACGAGCCGUCUUCCUCCAGAUCGUGAUUGGUUUGAGUGCAUGGUCAAUGCGACAAAAGAACCUCCAGAUGCUACGAGUACGAUAUCGAUAGCUAUCUCGAGUGACGAAACACGGCCCAACUGGAGUCUCUAGUGAACUAGAGACACUUCCAACACAAGAGUUUAACAAUCAUUUGAGAGAGCUUGGAAAACAUUGCAUGCUAAAAAAUGGAGCCCUUUGAAACCGCAGGAAAAAGUCAUUGGUGGCCAAUUUUGGGUUCUUGUGGCGUACUGUACUAUCUUUCAAGCAGCCAUUAUUGUUUCAUUGUCUUCUUUGCUCAUAUCUCUCUCUCUCUCUCUCUCUCUCUCUCUCUCUCUCUCUCUCUCUCUCUCUUUCUUUCUUCCUCAUCCUGUUCUUGCUCUGUUCUGUUGUGUUCGGCAGUAUUCGAGGAGGGAACUAUUCUAUAUUGCCCACAUUGCUGCCGCCAUUAAUGCGGCAAGCAACAUCACAGUUCUUUGGCGCGAAGCCAAAUCCCCUGUUUUUGGCGCUAACCAAGUAUUUGAGUGGCGCGAAGCCAAAGCUUCCCCUGCCCCUUAAAAAAUGCAGAACCCGCCAUAAAUCGAAUCCUUGAAAAUGGGAGGUCUUUAAGGCUGUUACAGUAGCAUCUCAUUCAUCAAAUCAUGUGCCAAGAAUCCGAUGCCGCCUAAUGUGAUGGGAUUUUCCAUGAAUGUUUAUUCAUAGUUGAGGGUUUAGUGAUUCUUUAGGAUAAUGAGUUUAAUCUUUCACAUGUGGGGAAAACAGAAAGAGAUUGAUGAAUUUACAAGGAGAGGUGUUUUUUUGGGGGAUUAAUUCCCUAAAUACACAUAAAAUUAAAGCAAAUUCCUAAACUACCACACUUUUAAAAAAAAUUUCCAAAAUACCUAAGUUUGGAGUGGUUCGAGUUUGAGAAACUCGAACUACUAACCGGUUCGAGUGUAGGAGACUCGAUCUACUUGUAGAUCGAUGAUAUAAGCCUCGAACCAUGUGGGGUUGACGUGGUUCGAGUUCAGUGAACUCGAACCACUCCUUUGAAAUUUCCAAACCCCUUAACUUUGUGCUCGGUUAUCCGAUUGUAGCAAAGUUUUUUUUCAUUUCGCACAACUUUUUGAGGACUACAACUUUUAUAAUAGAAUUAUUUUCAGAAUAUAUGUGAAAAUGUAAAAAUUAAUGUUAAAGUUACUCCCAAAACCCCCUUAUAUUAAAAACUAUUCCUAUUUUGAAAAUUUUAUUCCUAGUAAAAUGUUGUAGUACUCAAAAAGUUAUGCAAAAUUAAAAAAAACUUUGCGACGUUCGGAUUGCCGGAGCACAAAGUUAUGAUCCUCCAAAGUUUGGUACAAAUUCGAAAAAUCUGCUCGUUUUAUGGGUUAGCAAAUGACGUUUUCUCGGAGCGAAGGCACAAGAAAUUUUUUUAUAUAUAGGAAACUUCUGCAAAAAGAGCAAUAGUUUUCCAAACGAGAAUUUUUGGAUGACUAUCUUCCUUGUAAACGUCAUUUGCUACCCAUAAACGAGCAGAUUUUCGAAUUUGUCAAACUUUGGAGGAUCAUAACUUUGUGCUCCGCAAUCCGAACGUCGCAAAGUUUUUUUUUAUUUUGCAUAACUUUUUGAGUACUACAACAUUUACUAGGAAAAAAUUUUCAAAAUAGGAAUAGUUUUUAAUAUAAGGGGUUUUGGGAG